GCAGACCUCCACAGAUCGCCAUUUGUGCUGGGAGUGAGAGGUGGGCUCUUGGUCCAAUAUUUCUACCCGUUGCAAAGUGAUAAAGGGUGCUUAGUGUGUGACCAGUGAUGAAGGGAAGUGUAAAUUGUGUGUAGAGAUGCCAGUUACGUAGAAAAAGCAUCUCGAGUUUAAGAGCAUUUUUUUAAGUUUUGUCCCCCCGUCAAAAUGGCUCAGUCUGUGAACUGUAGCUUGGAUGACAUCGACCUCAAUGCACUGAAGGACCCUGCUGGAAUCUUCGAUCUAAUUGAGGUGGUUGGUAAUGGAACCUAUGGCCAGGUGUACAAGGUACGUCUCAGCUUUAUUUGCUGUAUUGCCAGAUAUAAUAGUUAUGUAAGCCUUCGGGUCGCUGGCUGCAACAGACUGAUUGACCAGGCAGUCAAUAAGGAAGUCAGGCUUCAGACUGGGUUUUGUGAGUAGAAAAACUCUCGAAAC